GGGGAGCUAAGACGGGCCGAUGCAACAGGGCUUGGGAGCCCAUGAAGAGCCACCGCUGCCUCCCUGCCAUCUACCUCAAUAGCUGCGGUCCAGCUUUCUUCUCUGCCCGGUGUCUGCGGACGGAUCUUGUAGCACCUGUUUACAAAUCAUGCCUCCCCAUGUUCUGUGCCUAAGCUGAUAAAAGUCUUUAUGCACUUUAAUCUUCUACCUGCGCCCUUGGCUCUAGUACAUUGUGACACUGUACCUUAACUCUUGGAAACGAAGACGUACUUGCCAGAGUCUUGUUAUUGCCUUAGUAAUGUUCCAGAGGCUGAAUAAUAUGUUUGUGGGAGAAAUCAAUAACUUGCCCAGCCAAGAGCCAGAGUUCAGCGAGAAAGAAGAGGAGGAGUGGAUUUUGGUGGACUUCAUAGACACCUGUUCUAAUUUUUCAAUGGUUGAAGAAGAAGAGGAGGAGGAGGAGGAGGAAGAAGAAGAAGAUGACAUCCAUGAAGCAUCACCUGUUGAGCCUGUCUUCUCUUGUAUGCCUUCUUCCUUGGAAUGUUUGGCUGAUGCCAGUGAAUCUUGCUUUAUCCAGUUUGACUCAUGUCCCAUGGAGGAGAGCUGGUUUAUUACCCCGCCGCCAUGUUUCACAGCCGGUGGCUUGACCGCCCUCAAAGUGGAAACAAGCCCCUUGGAGAACCUUCUUAUUGAGCAUCCCAGCAUGUCUGUAUAUGCCGUCCAUAACACACGCCACAUUCUCAACAAGACUAGCUGUGGCGAUGAAGAGGAGGAGGAGGAGGAGGAAGAAGAAGAAGAAGAGCCAGAGCCUCGGGAUGCAAGCAGUCCUAGAUUGGAAGCCCAAAGUGAAAUGGGCCAACACAUCCGAUGCUAUUUUGCGGCACUUGCUGCUCAUUCAACCUUUCUUGAACAGACCAACAGGUUUCGUCCGACCAGGUGGACAAAAGAACACAAUGAAAGACAAUAUCUGAACAGAAACUGCCUCCGUCGCCAAAACCUUACCAGGGAUUGCUAUUCUCGGCAACUCAAGAACAACGGAUUUUUUGUUCACCAGCCAUGCCAGCGUCAGUAUAAUUACUGAGGGUGUUUUGCAUGAUGGUUUUCCCCCCCUCAAAAAUAAUAUUGGUUAAGCUCAUGUUUGUGUUUGUGUGCGUGUGUGUAGAUAAUGAAGGUGAGAUCUAUUUUAGGCUGAACAUCAGUUGUUUCUACACAAUCACUAAGUGUUACAGUUAGAUUGUAAACCAUGUUGACAUUAAUGGUGUACCGCAGGAUGCCUUUACAAUAUUUUAUUUGUGUCUCAGAAACAUAUCAGUUCAGUAGUGUUCGUGUGAUUGGGCUCAAGGGUGGGUGGGUGUCUUUUUUUUUUUGUAUGUGACUUUAGAAAUUUUAUGAUGUAUGGAUGGGUUUGUUUUUAUAUUGGUAUUUUUAACCAAGACAAGGCAGGCAACUUUCCGUCAUACUGCAGUUACAGAAUUUCUCAGGGUCAGCCGUACACUUGCAAAGAUCUGUGUAUACUGUAUAUCCUCUUAAUAUUCUAACACAGCCAUUAAAAUGUGAUGGACUGGAUGGCAUUGGACUCCUAAUGAGGAGUGAAUUCUGUAUGUAGUGGGGUGGGUGAGGGGAGUAAAGGGGGGUCACGUGACUUGUCUUUAUCUUCCAUGGUUUAAUGCAUUUUACCCAGUUUCCUACACAAAGGAGGUAUCUUGCAAAAAGUAUGAAGUAGCCCUGGAAGUGAGGAUUAGUGCAGUAGAUCUAUCCCUGCUGGCAGGGGAUGAUAGGAGUUGUAGUCUUAACCUUGGUAUUGUUGUAGCAAGUUGAUCUGAAGGACAACAAAUUCUUUCAGUGCCUCAUGCUUUUAAAUGUUACCAUUUUGACACUUCUAAAAAUGCCCCACAGAAUAUCUUUAACCACGAGAGGAACAAUUUGUUUAAAGACUCUGGCAACAAACUGAAAAUGGACCUUACUGAAUCAAUUGAGCUGGAAUGGAUAAUCCUUGGAACUUUACAUAGGUAGAAUGACUGCACAAUAAAUGGACAGCUGUCUCUUUUCCCCUUCCACCUUUACAUUUCACAGCAUAAGACACAAAAUGUUCCUCACUCUUCCUUUGGUUCUGUUAGCUAGGUACAUGGUUUGGCCUGCACUAGGCCUUAAGCCUACAGCCACAACAACCCUGACGUGACUUAAAAACAUGAUUUGCUGCCAUCUCAGAAUUUUUCCUUAAAUCAGUACCAAGUUAAUGAAAGCUAUAGCGUUUGAUUUUAAAAUGGACUGAAAUGCACAGUUACCUUUUCAAAAUAUCCUACUGGAAUACGCUUUAUAGAAGGAAUGGUGUUUACCUCAGUGGAGUCUGUUGAGGUCCGAAACUGUGCAGAAGGUUGUUUUGUAGACAAUCUAAUGUGGUGGCCGUGUAACUACUCAUCUGAUCUCUCCCUCCUUCACUUGAAAUACUACCAGGUUAACUAAUUUUGUAUUGAUU